GGGAGAAGCUUUCUUACAAUAACCUCAUAGCAAAACAAAAUCUAAAAGAUAUAUAUAAGAACCUUAUAGAACCAAAUUUAGAAAAUGAUUAGAGGACUCUUAUUAGUUUUGUUCUUUUUUAUCACUGUGAAGACUUCAGUUUCUCGUCCAUUCGCAUGGUCCAAAGGUGACAUGCAUCCAGGCCAAAACUACCAAGGUGAAAGUGGGUCGGGGCGUGGGCCCAAUUGGAGGUACAACUGGGGUUGGGGCUCUGCUCCAGGAUCUGGAUGGGGUUACGGGUCAGGUUCCGGUAGAUCGUCGACGGGAUGGGGAAGAGGAUCCGGAUAUGGGUAUGGAUCUGGAUCCGGAUCAGGAAGCGGAUACGGAUAUGGCUCUGGAGGUGGCGGAGCCCGUGGUGGUGGGUAUGGUUACGGUAGCGGAAAUGGUCGGUCCGGUGGAGGUGGUGGUGGUGGUUACAACGGUGCAGUUGCCACAUUGAGCCACGGUAGUAAGUCUCAUCCAUGAUGAUGAACUUGUAAUUUCUCGCAACUUAAAAGGUUGGAUUUGGGAGUGAUAUAAGUGUUCUCUUGUAAUAUUAAGGUUAUUACUUAUUAGGUUUGGUACCCUUUUAAAAUGUAACUUCCUAUCUUUAUUUUUUUGACAUUGUAACUUCCUAUCUUGUACGCUUUAUAUAUAGAUUUUGUGCUCAACGUAUCUUAUGAUGUAUUUGCAUGUGUCUCUAAAUGUAAGGAAACAUACAGUCUGCUA